AUGAGUGAGAUGCCCUCCCGCUGCAGGAACACGCUGAACAUCGUGGUGACCACCCUCUUUGCCGCGGUGGUCCUCUUCACCAUCCUGCUGGCCUACGUCACAGGUUACCAGUUCAUCCACACUGAGCAGCACCACCUUUCGUUUGGCCUGUACGGCGCCUUCCUCUCCCUCCACCUCUUCCUCCAGAGCCUCUUCGCCUUCCUGGAGCACCGGAGGAUGAGGAGCCCCGCUCGGCCUCAGCACCUCCGCCGCUCCGUGGCCCUCUGCAUCGCCGCCUUCCAGGAGGACCCGGACUACCUGAGGAAGUGCCUGCGCAGCAUCCGUCGGAUCUCCUUCCCCGGCCUCAAGGUGGUGCUGGUGGUGGAUGGGAAUCGACCCGAGGACCGAUACAUGAUGGACAUUUUCCAGGAGGUGAUGGGGGGAGCGGACCAGGCGGGCAGUCUGGUGUGGAAGGGCAACUACCACAGCGACGGGAGCGGAGGAGGAGGCGUCAGCGGGGGGGGGAGGAGCACCGUGCACAUGGAGGAGGCGGCCCGAGUCGCUCGGCUGGUCAGAGGCUGUCGAUACUCCUGCGUCAUGCAGGAGUGGGGGGGGAAACGAGAGGUGAUGUACACGGCCUUUAAAGCGCUGGGAGACAGUGUGGACUACAUGCAGGUGUGUGACUCGGACACAGUCUUGGAUCCAGCAUGUACCAUAGAGAUGCUGAAGAUCCUGGAGGAAGAUGCGAUGGUGGGAGGAGUCGGUGGAGACGUGCAGAUCCUCAACAAGUACGACUCGUGGAUCUCCUUCCUCAGCAGCGUGCGCUACUGGAUGGCCUUCAACAUCGAGCGGGCCUGCCAGUCCUACUUCGGAUGUGUCCAGUGCAUCAGCGGCCCCCUGGGGAUGUACAGGAACUCUUUGCUCCAGCGCUUCCUGGAGCCCUGGUACCACCAGACCUUCCUCGGCUCCAAGUGCAGCUUCGGCGACGACCGCCACCUCACCAACCGGGUGCUCAGCUUCGGCUACAAGACCAAGUUCACGGCGCGGUCGCAGUGCCAGACGGAGACGCCCACUCAGUAUCUGCGUUGGCUCAACCAGCAGACCCGAUGGAGCAAGUCCUACUUCCGCGAGUGGCUCUACAACGCCCUGUGGUUCCACAAGCACAGCCUCUGGAUGACCUACGAGUCGGUGGUCACCGGCUUCUUCCCCUUCUUCCUGGUGGCCACCGUCAUCCACCUCUUCUACCGCGGACGGCUCUGGAACAUCCUUCUCUUUCUACUGACGGUGCAGCUGGUUGGGAUGGUGAAGGCCACCUACGCCUGUUUCCUGCGCGGCAGCCUGGUCAUGAUCUUCAUGUCGCUCUACUCUCUGGUCUACAUGUCCAGCUUGCUCCCUGCCAAAAUAUUCGCCCUGCUCACCAUCAACAAGGCGGGGUGGGGCACCUCAGGCCGCCGGAAGAUCGUUGUGAACCUGAUUGGCGCCGUGCCCGUCACGGUGUGGGCGCUGGUGCUGCUCGGAGGUGUAGUCUACACCAUCUACUGCGAAACACAGGAGCCCUUCAGCGAGACAGAGAAAGCCUUGUUGAUAACAGGGACGAUCCUCUACGCCUGCUACUGGGUCGUUCUGCUGGUGCUCUACCUCGCCAUCGUGGCCAAACGCUGCAACAAGAGGGAGGAGCAGUACCACCUUGCGUAUGCGGAGGCGUAAACCCUUCACCCGAGAGACUGCUGGGACCAGGACUCACUGCAGUGUGACUCCAGUGAGGUCUCCGUCCACCCGUGCACUGCUGGAGCGAUGAGCUGUGAACCAGCCAAUCAGCCGCCGUCACUUCUUCUUCACUGGUGCUACAAAGAUGUGAAUCUGAAAUCUGAGCAGCAGGAAUCGAACCGGGAGACGGAGAGACGAUGCCCACACUGCUCCCACUUGUAUUGUCCUCAAUGGUGCUUCACUUUAAACAACCAAACCAAACGGACCUGAACCAGGUUAGAAGGUGAUGAUAGGAUGCUCAGAAGAACAUGAUGGGUGGAGGUUACCUGUGGAGGCAGCUGAGGGGGGGGGGGGCAGCAUUCUGCUCUCAAGAAAUACAAAAGCAGGAAAAGUGACAAAAUAAGAGACAAAGAGGUCGUUCUGACUCGUUUUAAUGUUCUUCAUUUUAGAAAAGAAAAAUGAAAUGUGAUAAAUAAUGAGAAACAAUAAUAAACACAGAUGCAGAUUCGUCCCAGCAGCUGAAUUCCAGAGGGACGAGGGAACUUCAGGUUCAGACGUUUAAAGCAAAUCAAGACUUGACUGAGUGUAAAUGAAUAGAUGUGAAUUUCAUCUUGAGGCAAACUUGUGUUGGUUUGAGUUAAAAACAUAUUAAAUGUGUAUUGAUCCUUGUGCUUCAGGACAAAUCCUUACAAAGCUACAGAGACGAUCAGAAAAAGGAAAAGACUGAAGGAAACGUUCAGGCGUUUACUGAUAGAAGCGAUAUCCAGUCAGUUACUCUUUACACACUGAACCAGGCCGUUAGCGUUCUGUACUGAAGUAAUGAGUUACUCUACUCAUUACAUUACUUUCAAAUCCUUUAUAUAUCACAUGUCUGGAAACAGAACAUGCCGAGCAGGAACGGUGACAGCAACUUCCAACCAAUGACUGUAAAGAAAGAUGGACGACACGUCUCCACUUCCUCCCGAAGCCCAAACAUCCUGGACACGGGCCCGGGUGGCGUCCUUUAGAGACAGAGUCUGAGCCGAUGUCCAAAGUACCGACACAUGAGCUCGAGUCCAAUCAACUAGUUUCAUCUUCUACACAAAUAAAACAUCGUUCUGCAGUUUCCACUUCCUGCUACUGUCCAAAAACAAAGCCAAAAUAUUUCACGUGUGGGCGCUGCCAUUUUGUUUUGGUGCUGUGAUUUGUAGCCAGUGUCUGUGCAGGAGUGAUCUCGACCAAUCGUGAGUCAGUCUCAGCUGUCAAUCAAGACGCUUCCUCCGGUGUUUAUAUCUUCAAAUAACAAAAUUAAACCAAACUGGUCAGAAACACUCGAACAAACAUCAGUGUGAUAAGAACGAACUGAAAUAACAGAAACCAUUUAUUUUUUUACAUCUGCUAACAUGGAGGAGGUGGGGUGUUCGACCUGUACUGCAGCCAGCCACCAGGGGGCGAUCAAGAUGGUUUUUGUCUCAAUCUUGAGAGCUGUUGUCUCGUCUUUAUUUACAGUCUGUGGUUUACGUAAAUAUUCCCAUGUGAGCUCUGUAUGAAGAUGUUCUGUGAAACAAAGCGUUUCCUUAGAUGUACGUUUAACGACGGUUAGCGACUCCGCGGAGACGCAGAGUGUG